AUGUUUCCAACACUCGUCUAUUAUUGCACUAUAUUGUCUUACUUUACCUAUUUUGGUUUGGGAUCAAAUAUUAUUUCAUUCAAUAAAACGACAAAAUUUGAUCAAUUAAUAUUGAAUAAUUUAUAUAAAAGUGAAAUAUUAUUAACACAAAAUAAACAACAAAAGUCAUCUAUUGAAUUUACUGGAUGUUCAAAUAUAUCAGACUUUGAUAAUUUUAAAAUACAAAAUAAUCAUAUAUUAAUCAUUAAUUAUCAUAAUUGUUCGACAAUUCAUGUACAUUUUUCAAGUAUACAACUUAUUAAUAUUACCGAUAGCAGUUCAGUUCGUUGUAUAAAUGCCAUAAAACAUAAUGGAACGCUAACUGUUAAUAUUCAGCGUAAACGACGUCGUCGAAAUGCACAAUUGUCUCAGACAAAUAUUGAUUUAUCUGUUCAAACUUCAAAUUUAGACAUUGUUGUAUCAAGCAUCGAUUCAUUUAUCAACUUAAAACUUAAAGGAAAUGUUGACCAACAAGUGAACAUUGAUUAUAACGGUGUUAAUGGUUCAUUACAUGCACAAUCACUCACCGCUAAACGCAUCAAUAUUACAUCAUAUGGCAGUGCUUAUGUUAAAUUGUUGGCUCCUACACACGUUCUUAACAUUCAAUCUUAUGAUUUUCUUCGGACAUAUAAAAAGUUAAACGCUGGUUUUGCUAUCAUAAAUGUAACAAAUAUUGAUGAAAUACAUCUCGAAUCAAUUAAUAGUCGAUGUAUAGUCAAUAAAACGUCAAAUCAUCGAAAUAUUGCUCGUAUAGCAAAAUUUAGCGUAGUACCUGUCGAUUGUACGCGACGUCUUUUCAUUAUGGACAUGUCAUUAAUGAAUAAAACAUAUAAAAAUGAUAUUUUUCAACGUGAAAUUAGUAUUCAAGGACGGUGGAAUCAUGGUGCAGGACAAAUGCUCUUACAUGGCUGUAAUUCCCCAACAGAUUCACAAACAGAUUCACCCGCAUUACAAAUGCAGAUUGAAGACGAUAUUAUUGAAACAGUGUUUCGAUAUCAAUUUGAAAAUAAUUUGUCAUCACAACGGCAAAACGCACAUGUCUAUUGUCUACGAAUAAAUGGUAUCGAUCCAUUACCAUCGUUUCUGUAUCGUUUUCGUUCGGAUCCAAAAGUUCGUCCCGUAAGUUUAUGUACAAUUAGUGAUCAACAUACUGUGUAUGAAACACAAACGCAACUAUCAGGACUCGUAUUCUAUGUAACAAGACCAAUUCAAAUGUUGAGUAAAGAUGAAGCACGAGUUAUGACUGGCUAUUGGGAAGGAAAUCUAAGUUCACAAAUAAAUGAAUAUCUUGUUGCACGUCAAAACGAUGGUAAAUGGAUGGUAAUAAAAAAUAUUAUGGGACCAAUUUCAUGA